CCUCCCAUUCCAUUUUCCUGCAUUGUGUUUGUGUUUGAUCUGUUCAAGCUAUUGCGUUUCAAAGAAACAAAUAUAUAUACUGAAAAUAAAAAGGAAAAAAGAAAGCUUUGCUUCCUCCUCCUCUUUCUUGCUCUGCUCCAGGUUUUCCUUCAUCGUUUUUGGGUUUAACAUCCGAGGAGAAAAGAAACGAGACAGUGAAAAUCCGAAACCAAACUCAGAAAAUUAAAAGUGAUCCACCUGCAGAGAGAUGGAUUUGGAUCAGUGGAUAGCCAAGGUGAAGGAAGGGCAGCAUCUAUUGGAGGACGAGCUUCAACUUCUCUGCGAAUAUGUAAAAGAGAUCCUCAUUGAGGAGUCCAAUGUACAGCCUGUUAACAGUCCUGUCACUGUUUGUGGUGAUAUUCAUGGCCAGUUCCAUGAUCUAAUGAAACUUUUCCAGACUGGAGGUCACGUUCCUGAGACAAAUUAUAUUUUUAUGGGAGAUUUUGUUGAUCGAGGUUUCAAUAGUCUUGAAGUUUUCACUAUUCUUUUGCUUCUUAAAGCAAGAUAUCCAGCUAAUAUCACACUUUUGCGAGGAAAUCAUGAAAGCCGACAACUAACUCAGGUUUAUGGCUUCUAUGAUGAAUGCCAGAGGAAGUAUGGUAAUGCCAAUGCAUGGCGAUAUUGUACUGAUGUUUUUGAUUAUCUAACACUCUCAGCAAUUAUAGAUGGCACAGUGCUUUGUGUCCAUGGUGGCCUUUCUCCCGACAUCCGGACAAUAGAUCAGAUAAGAGUGAUUGAACGCAAUUGUGAAAUUCCACAUGAAGGGCCAUUUUGUGAUCUAAUGUGGAGUGAUCCUGAAGAUAUUGAAACAUGGGCAGUUAGUCCCAGAGGAGCAGGUUGGCUAUUUGGAGCCAGAGUUACUUCUGAGUUCAAUCACAUUAACAAUCUUGAUCUGGUUUGUCGAGCACACCAACUGGUACAAGAAGGUCUAAAGUACAUGUUUCAAGAUAAAGGCUUAGUAACUGUCUGGUCUGCACCAAAUUACUGUUAUCGUUGUGGUAAUGUUGCUUCUAUAUUGAGCUUCAACGAGAACAUGGAGAGAGAAGUGAAAUUUUUCACCCAAACUGAGGAGAACAACCAGAUGAGAGGACCCAGGACAGGAGUUCCUUAUUUCUUGUGAUGAGAAAUUCUUUUGCUGCGCUACUUGUAAAUUCGGGGAAGUAAUGUGACUGCUUAUUGUUGGGAAGGAGGAGGAGUUGCAAGUGGAAAGCUGAGAGCAUACGUCCUUGUUUGUCGUGCUGCAGGCGGACCUCGCAUUUGAUUGGGCUGGCAAUUGCGGCCCACUUUAGUUGCUUUUGCGAUUUGUGGCUCGAGUACUAUGGUUCCUCAUUGUGACAUUGUUUGUAAUUAGAUAAUGGCUUUCUUUUUGUUUUCAAUUUCCUUACCAUUUCCAUAGCCUUUGAAUUAAGUGUGUAUCAGUCUUCUGUGUCCAAUCACUAAUUUGAGCAACAAUUGAUUUUUAUUCCUAUGCUUCUUGUA